AUGGAAUCCCCAGUGUAUAUUUUUCGUGAGGAGCCGGGCCCUACCUGCUCCCCAGGAUCUUGCCCACUACCUAGCAGCAGCAGCAGCAGCUGGCUUGCGGACUGGGCAGAAUAUGGCAACAAUAGUAGUGGCACUUAUGAGGACUUACAGCAGAAUGACACCAACAUCUCCCCGGCUAUUCCCAUAAUCAUCACUGCAGUCUACUCCAUGGUCUUUGUGGUGGGCUUGGUUGGCAACUCUUUGGUCAUGUUCGUCAUCAUAAGGUACACAAAGAUGAAGACAGCAACCAAUAUCUACAUUUUUAAUCUGGCUCUAGCAGAUGCCCUAGUAACCACCACAAUGCCUUUCCAAAGUACUGAGUACUUAAUGAACUCGUGGCCAUUUGGGGAUGUGCUGUGUAAAAUAGUUAUUUCCAUUGACUACUAUAACAUGUUUACCAGCAUAUUCACGCUGACCAUGAUGAGUGUUGAUCGAUACAUUGCUGUGUGCCACCCGGUGAAGGCUCUAGACUUCCGUACUCCCCUGAAGGCAAAGAUCAUCAACAUAUGUAUCUGGCUCUUAUCUUCAUCAGUUGGCAUAUCGGCCAUCGUCCUUGGAGGUACCAAAGUCAGGGAGGACACAGGUAGUACCGAGUGCUCUUUGCAGUUUCCAGAUGAAGAUUAUGCCUGGUGGGACACCUUUAUGAAAAUCUGUGUCUUUGUCUUUGCAUUUGUUAUCCCGGUGCUAAUCAUAGUCAUUUGCUAUACUCUGAUGAUUCUGCGCUUGAAGAGUGUGCGGCUCCUCUCUGGAUCUCGAGAGAAAGACCGAAACCUCCGCCGCAUCACUCGACUUGUUCUUGUCGUGGUUGCCGUUUUCAUUAUCUGCUGGACCCCAAUCCACAUUUUCGUCUUGGUCGAGGCCCUUGGGGACGUGUCACACAGCACUGCGGCCAUUUCCAGCUAUUAUUUCUGCAUAGCUUUGGGCUACACCAAUAGCAGCCUAAAUCCCAUCCUGUAUGCUUUCCUGGAUGAAAACUUCAAACGGUGUUUCAAAGAUUUCUGCUUUCCUUUUAAGAUGAAGACAGACAGACAAAGCACCAGCAGAGUCAGAAACACCAUUCAAGAUCCUGCUUAUUCCAGGGAGGCUGAUGGUAUAAACAAGCCAGUAUGA